GGAGGUUCUGAGGGGAAAGUUAAUAGCUUGCUUCGGUGACCAAAAGCAGUUUUCCAGAGCCAUGGGGACUUCCCAUCGGGCCCUCCUGGUCUCAGGCUGUCUGCUCACAGGGCUGAGCCUAAUCCUCUGCCAGCUUUCAUUGCCCUCUAUCCUUCCAAAUGAAAAUGAAAAGGUUGUGCGGCUGAAUUCAUCCUUUUCUCUGAGCUGCUUUGGGGAGAGUGAAGUGAGCUGGCAGUACCCCAUGUCUGAAGAAGAGAACCCCAAUGUGGAAAUCAGAAAUGAGGAGAACAACAGUGGCCUUUUUGUGACAGUGCUGGCAGUGGUCAAUGCCUCCGCAGCCCACACGGGAUUGUACACUUGCUAUUACAACCACACUCAGACAGAGGAAAAUGAGAUUGAAGGCAGACGAAUCUACAUCUAUGUACCAGACCCAGAUGUAGCCUUUGUACCUCUAGGAAUGACAGAUUAUUUAGUCAUUGUGGAGGAUGAUGAUUCUGCCAUCAUACCUUGUCGCACAACUGAUCCUGAGACCCCGGUGACCUUACUCAGCAGUGACGGGGUAGUGACGGCCUCCUAUGACAGCAGACAGGGCUUUAACGGAACCUUCGGUGUUGGGCCCUAUAUCUGUGAGGCUACUGUCAGAGGGAAGAAGUUCCAGACCAUCCCAUUUAAUGUGUAUGCUUUAAAAGCAACAUCAGAACUUGAUCUAGAAAUGGAAGCUCUUAAAACUGUAUAUAAGUCGGGGGACACGAUUGUGGUCACCUGCGCCGUCUUUAACAACGAGGUGGUUGACCUUCAGUGGACUUACCCUGGAGAAGUGAAAGGCAAAGGCCGGACAACGCUCGAGGAAAUCAAGGUCCCAUCCAUCAAACUGGUGUACACUCUGACAGUCCCUGAGGCCACAGUGAAAGACAGCGGAGAUUACGAAUGUGCUGCACGCCAGGCCACCAAGGAGGUCAAAGAAAUGAAGAAAGUCACCAUCUCUGUCCAUGAGAAAGGGUUCAUUGAAAUCAAACCCAACUUUAGCCAGUUGGAAGCUGUGGACCUGCAUGAAGUCAAACAUUUUGUGGUGGACGUGGAGGCCUAUCCCCCUCCCAGGAUAUCCUGGCUGAAGGACAACCUGACUCUGAUUGAAAAUCUCACUGAGAUCACCACUGACAUAGAAAAGAUUCAGGAAAUAAGGUAUCGAAGCAAAUUAAAGCUGAUCCGUGCUAAGGAAGAAGACAGUGGCCAUUAUACUAUUGUAGUUCAAAACGAAGAUGACGUGAAGAGCUAUACUUUCGAACUGUUAACUCAGGUUCCCUCAUCUAUUCUGGACUUAGUGGAUGACCACCAUGGUUCUACCGGGGGACAGACCGUGAGAUGCACAGCUGAAGGGACACCUCUUCCUGAUAUUGAGUGGAUGAUUUGCAAGGAUAUCAAGAAAUGUAAUAAUGAAACCUCGUGGAUGAUUUUGGCCAACAACAUCUCAAACAUCAUCACAGAGGUCCACCCGCGAGACAGGAGUACGGUGGAGGGCAGAGUGACUUUCGCCAAAGUGGAGGAGACCAUUGCGGUUCGAUGUCUGGCAAAGAAUCUCCUUGGGGCUGAGAAUCGAGAGCUGAAGCUGGUGGCUCCCACUCUGCGUUCUGAACUCACGGUGGCGGCCGCAGUCCUGGUGCUGUUGGUGAUUGUCAUCAUCUCACUUAUUGUUCUGGUUGUCAUUUGGAAACAGGUAAGUAUUUUUCUCAAAGGUCUUAAAAUCUUAUGAGACAUGAACGAAGACAACCACAAAAUAUAUUUUGAUCCAGUACAGUUUCCACAACAAGUGCAAUGGAGUCCACGGUCUGGCCUAGUGCUGAGUCGUAUCCUGGGAUCUGGUGCAUUUGGGAAAGUGGUUGAAGGAACUGCCUAUGGAUUAAGCCGGUCCCAGCCUGUCAUGAAAGUAGCAGUGAAGAUGCUAAAACCCACAGCCAGAUCUAGUGAAAAACAAGCUCUCAUGUCUGAACUGAAGAUAAUGACUCACCUGGGGCCGCAUUUAAAUAUUGUAAACUUGCUGGGAGCCUGUACCAAGUCAGGCCCCAUUUACAUCAUCACCGAGUACUGCUUCUAUGGGGAUUUGGUCAACUAUUUGCAUAAGAAUAGGGACAGCUUCCUGAGCCGCCACCCAGAGAAGCCAAAGAAAGAGCUGGACAUCUUUGGAUUGAACCCUGCUGAUGAGAGCACACGGAGUUACGUUAUUUUAUCUUUUGAAAACAAUGGUGACUAUAUGGACAUGAAGCAAGCUGAUACCACACAGUAUGUCCCAAUGCUGGAAAGGAAAGAGGUUUCUAAAUAUUCGGACAUCCAGAGAUCACUGUAUGAUCGCCCAGCCUCGUAUAAGAAGAAAUCCAUGUUAGACUCAGAGAUCAAAAACCUCCUUUCGGAUGAUAACUCAGAAGGCCUUACUUUGUUGGAUUUGUUAAGCUUUACUUACCAAGUUGCCCGAGGCAUGGAGUUCUUGGCUUCAAAAAAUUGUGUCCACCGGGACCUGGCUGCUCGCAAUGUCCUCCUGGCACAAGGGAAAAUUGUGAAGAUCUGUGACUUUGGCCUGGCCAGAGACAUCAUGCACGACUCGAACUACGUGUCAAAAGGCAGUACUUUUCUCCCAGUGAAGUGGAUGGCUCCGGAGAGCAUCUUUGACAACCUGUACACUACACUGAGUGACGUCUGGUCUUACGGCAUUCUCCUCUGGGAGAUCUUUUCCCUCGGUGGCACCCCCUACCCCGGCAUGAUGGUGGAUUCUACCUUCUACAAUAAGAUCAAGAGUGGGUACCGGAUGGCCAAGCCUGACCAUGCUACCAGUGAAGUCUAUGAGAUCAUGGUGAAGUGCUGGAACAGUGAGCCAGAGAAGAGACCCUCCUUUUACCACCUGAGUGAGAUUGUGGAGAAUCUUCUGCCUGGACAAUACAAAAAGAGCUAUGAAAAGAUUCACCUGGACUUCCUGAAGAGCGACCACCCCGCCGUGGCACGCAUGCGCGUGGACUCGGACAACGCCUACAUUGGCGUCACCUACAAGAACGAGGAAGACAAGCUGAAGGAGUGGGAGGGCAGCCUGGACGAGCAGAGGCUGAGCGCGGACAGCGGCUACAUCAUCCCUCUGCCCGACAUAGACCCUGUACCGGAGGAAGAAGACCUGGGCAAGAGGAACAGACACAGCUCGCAGACCUCUGAAGAGAGUGCCAUCGAGACAGGUUCCAGCAGUUCUACAUUCAUCAAGAGAGAGGAUGAGACCAUUGAGGACAUCGACAUGAUGGAUGACAUUGGCAUAGACUCCUCAGACCUGGUAGAGGACAGCUUCCUGUAACUGGCAGAUUCAGGGGGUACCUUCUACUCUUGGAGCCACCUGGGAUCUCUUUUAAGAAAACCACUUUAUUGCAGUGCCAAGUUUGGGAGGAGAACCUGGAGGAUUGUAAAGAGAAGUUCUCAGCCAAGGGCCUCAGGGAGCCCUCUGACUAUGACUGACUGGAAUAUUUUGAAGUGAAUGUGCUCAGUGUUGCCUCUUACAGUGCUGCAGUAGCAUCUCAACGGUGUGUGAAGUUUGGAGGGAGAUGGACAACGAAAUAAUAGGCUACGGAAGGUGAACUUUGUGUUUCAAGGGCAUUGGUGAGUUUCCAACAUAGAUGAUUCUUAAUGCAAGAAAGCUCCAGCAUUGUAAUUAUGUAAAUAACUCUAGUCAAGGAUAUGUUUAGAUCUGUGUGAACUAUCUCCUCUGGACUUUGGAAGAGACCACUCAACCCAUCGUGUACUUCCCGCUUGAAACCAGGUAUCAGCUGCUGUUGAACUUUCCUAUGAAGUACAUGCAAAACCACUUUUGAACCUUAAAAGGUACUGGUACUAUAGCAUUUUACUUUUUUUAUUUUUAGUGUUAAAGAGAAAGAAGAUAAUAAUUAACCAAUCUUGUUUAAUAGAUCUGGGUCACUUAGAAGCCUAGCCACUCAUUUUCAUAUUGUAACCUAUGUUUAUAAUACUACUACUGUUUGUCAUAAAGCUCAGUGUGUAAUAUGUAACACAUUUUCCCUACAGAGAAAGCACAAUUUUUAAAAAGUCCUUACUAAGUAGGUGACAAGUUUGACAGUUUUUGACAUUUAUAUCAAAUAACAUAUGAUUCCCUAUAAAAUAUGGUCAUAGCUUUAGUAGAUUAAAUUUAGUUGAAUAUAGAGAACAAAGUAAAAGUAGUGUCUUCCAGGAAGUCAGUGUAUUUAACUGUGUACUAAAUAGGAUCCUUAAUCUGUUGUACUAAAAACAAUUAGCUGCCCUCUGAAGUAAUGGGAUUCAAAACAAAACACCUAAAUCCUAAAUGUUCUCAAUAUAAAAGCAUAAGCCUAUACCUAGCACGACUUCUCAUGUUAUUAACCAGUGGGUAGUAUAAUCUUCAUCAAAGAUGAAGAGUUUGCAGAGUUUUUAAAAUUGUUUUUCAUGCCUGGUGAUUACUUUGGUGGAUUUCAACAUAUACAUUUUUAAAAUUCUACAAACCCUAAAAGAAUCAUAAGGAUGCCCUGUACAUCAGGCCCCCCUGCUUCGUCUCUUACCACAAGGACAAAUAGUAUGAAACUGAAAACAUAAAGGCAUUGUUUAGUGAAAGCUGUGUGUGCGUUAGCCUGGACCCAUGGAUUACAAAUGUAAUUGGUAACCAGGAUCCACAUUGUAGGUCUUCACCCCAGAGUUUCUGAAUUAAGUCCGGGGUGGGUUGAGGGGAGGAGUAGGAACCUGUAUUUUUAUAAACUCCCUGACUGUUCUGAUCAGCCAAGUCUGUGAAACACCAACUUAGUUUACAGGAAGUUGCCACAGGGAAAAAUAACUUGAAAUUUGGAAGCUGGGCUACAAGUCAAUCACGCAGGAAGCCAUUAUUUAAAUCCUUGGGUCUGUGACAUUGAAUGAUAUAUAUUCAGUUAUUGCUACCCUUAAUUUAAAUUUCUGGUCUUAGCUGAGGCUGAGAAAACUGAAUCUUGGUUUGGCAGGUCUUCCAAAAGUGAAGACACUGGCUCUCCCUGCAUGGGGGAACUGAGCUGGCCACUAUCCCCAUCCCCAAAAGGGAACUGAACCCCCCCUCUCCCUCCCCCAAAAGGCAUGUACAAAAAUGACGCAAUUCAGUGUGCCAAGUCGCUGUAUAACCAGGUCAAUAUUUUGGAGAAAAAACUUAAAAAAACUUUUACUGACAUUUUAGGAUUAGAUGGCAGGACAGAUUGUCAUAUCUGUUCAAACUGUCAAACUGAUUGGUGUGGGUUCCUUGGCAUUCUUUGCAAUACCCUUAAAUGCUACCAGGCUAUGCAUGAAACAUGGGCUAUGAUGACUGCAAUCACUGUGUGCUCCUGCCAGGUGAUGCUGUGGCAGAUGCAGGAGCAAUAACAAGGUACUUGACUACCUACUGGAAUAAUCUCAGUGCAGGCCCCAACUUCCUUAGCCAUCCUUUGCACCUUAAGUGUGAAGACUGAGCCAGAUUGGCCAAUUAGAAAAGAAAACCUGAUUAACUUCUGUAGAGCCAAUUAGACUUGAAAUACAUUUGUGUUUCUAGAAUCACAGCUCAAGCAUUCUGUUUAUCGCUCACUCUCCCUUGUACAGCCUUUUCUUGUCAGCGCUUUGCAUUUUGGUCUUCCUUUGAGUCUUGCAUGACAUCAUGAGGCUGGAUGAAAAUUCUCGGACAAGCAGGUUCCAUUCGUAACAAAUGUUCCCACCUGAGUUCGUGUGUGGCUGCAUUUUUCUUUUUUCUUAAACAGUGUAUCAGAUUUGUUUCCUUUUUGGCCUCCUGCAGAGUUCCCAAAUGAAAAUUUGCCAAUCUUUCCUGCUUUCUAUUUUUAUGAAGACAAUCAAGGCUGGCCAGAGAAACACAAUUUGUGAUUUUUUAAAAUGAUCAAUGGUAUCCUUAAAAUGUGGUCUGCCAAUCUGUACAAAUGGUCCUAUUUUUGUGAAGAGGGACAUAAGAUAAAAUGAUGUUAUACAUCAAUAUGUAUAUAUGUAUUUCUAUGUAGACUUGGAGAAACAGCCAAAACGUAUAUGACAAGCUGUAUCACUGCCUUUGUUUAUAUUUUUUAACUGUGAUAUUCCCCACAGGCACAUUAACUGUUGCACUUUUGAAUGUCCAAAAUUUAUAUUUUAGAAAUAAUAAAGAGAAAAAUACAUAUGUAUUCCCAAAACAGUGGUGUGGUGAGUAUGUGAGAACUAACUCAAUAGGAAGGGUCUCCCGAAACAAAACGUAUUACAAAAUGCCCCUAUUCAUGUUUUUGUUUUAAAACGUGUAAAUGAAGAUCUUUAUAUUUCAAUAAAUGAUAUAUAUAAUUUAAAGUUA